AUGCAACUCAAAGGAAGACCCAAGAAUAUCAAUAUGAGUGAUAAUAAAAUUACCAAUGCACCAGCGGGUGGUUCAAAAACUGAACCAAAGGGCAAGAAGGGUAAGAAGGCCCCAGUGUCACCAGAGCACAUUGCUAAAGUGAGAGCUGAAAGAGAGGCGGCUAGAGCUGCCAAGAAGGAAGCCAUGAUGGCACAAGGCAUCGAUCCAGACUUCCCGCCAGAAUUGCAAUUUAUAAAAAGACCAAUUUUACCGUUACAUAAGGGUGAAAAUGUCGAGGGAUUUAAAUUCAAACUCAUGACUUAUAACUGUUUGGCACAAGCAUUAAUUAGACGGAAACUUUUCCCCACUAGUGGCGAUGCAUUGAAAUGGUACAGACGGUCAAAAGUGUUGUUAAAUGAAUUUAAAUACUACAAUGCAGAUGUGAUUUGUCUACAAGAAAUUGAUUAUAUCCAAUAUCAAAGUUUUUGGAAAGAUGAAUUGGCCAAACUGGGCUACGAUUCGCAAUUCCAUAGACAAGCCUCCAAAAACCACGGUGUUGCAAUUGUAUGGAAAAGAGAGUAUUUUGUUAUGACUGAUAAAAUGUUGAUAGAUUUCGAUAGAGAAUCAUCUGGUGAUAUCCCACCAAGAACAACAACAAACAAUGCUGGACUCAUUUUAUCGUUGAAAUUUUCUGAUAAAGUUGCGCAGGAACACAAUUUGAAAAAGACAGGAAUUAUCGUGGGGACCACCCAUUUGUUUUGGCAUCCUUUUGGUACGUUUGAAAGGACUAGACAGUGUUAUGUGGUUCUCAACAAAGUCAAAGAGUUUUCGCAUAGGGUCAACGUUUUACAAAAUGGUAAUGAUGGUGAUCACUCCCAUUGGUAUCCAUUUUUCUGCGGUGAUUUCAACUCUCAACCAUUUGAUUCACCUUAUUUGUCUAUGACUCGUAAACCUAUCGAGUAUUCCAAAAGGGCAAAGACUGUGAUUGAAUGCAGUACUUCUUACACUUUCUCCAAAAUGCGUGAUGGUGAAGAAGAUGAUGCAGAAGAGGAAGAAGGUGGAAAUAUCGAAAAAUUCGGUACUGAUCAACCAGAUCAUCCUGUUCCUCAACACUAUGAGGCCAAAGACCAUGAGCGUGAAUUAGUCGAACAGAUGCAAUCUUUACACAAUUCAUUAGAUAUGAGAGCUGUUUCCUUAUAUUCUGUCGCUUAUAGGAAAGUACAUCCUGAAAACGCCGGUCUCGAUAAUGAGCGAGGUGAACCUGAAAUAUCGAAUUGGGCACAUACUUGGCGUGGUCUCUUGGACUAUCUGUUCUUUAUAAGACACUGGGAUUUUUCUGAUUGCAAGGAAAUAGAUUCAUUAGAAUCUUUUGAAAGGGAAAACAGUCUAAAAAUCAGAGGCCUUUUGCGUGUACCGCCAGGUAAGGAAAUGACUGAGCAUGGUCAACCGCAUACAGGUGAAUACCCAAGUGAUCAUUUGUGCAUGCUUUGUGAACUGGAAUUAGUAAACUAA